UACUUGGCCUAACGGGAGUUCAGUCGUCUAUACUACUAGUGUUUACCAGAGAGUUCAAGAGGAGCACAUUGACCAAACUCACCUGGGGAACUAAGGAAACUCACAGCUUGUUUGUCUCCACUCACUCUGCUGGUCAUGGAGAAACCCCAGAUAUUAGUUUACGUCGAGAAGAGUUUAAAUUACAGUGCCUUUGACGUGAAAUGGAUUCCUCGGUCUGCCAAAGUGGUGGCCAUUGGCAGUCAUCCCCAAGGUACUGGGGCACUGCAGGUGUAUGAGAUGACCGAGGGAGAUCUCAAGCUGCUUCAUGAUGUAGAGCGGCCUAAGGCGUUGAAAUGUGGAACAUUUGGGGCAUCAACUCUGGAGGACCGACACUUAGCCAUAGGAGACUUUGAGGGGAAGAUGGAAAUUAUUGACCUACAGUCUCCUCAACUACCUGUGUACUCAGUCAAAGCUCACAAUGAGAUCGUCAAUGCCAUCGAUGGAAUUGCUGGGCUCAAUAUUGGCAAAGGUGCUCCAGAGAUCGCCACAGGUAGCCGGGAUGGGCUGGUGAAAGUUUGGGAUCCCCGACAAAAAGAUCGGUCUGUUAUUACCAUUGAACCAAAGGAUGGUGAACAGAGACGCGACUGCUGGAGCGUAGCUUUUGGAAACUCACACUCCAAUGAUGACAGAGUUCUUUGUGCCGGAUUUGACAAUGGAGAUGUGAAGAUGUUUGAUCUACGCUCGAUGGCUGUCAAGUGGGAAACAAAUCUGAAGAAUGGCGUUUGCUCUCUUGAGUUUGACCGGAAAGAUAUCUUGAUGAAUAAACUUUUAACCACGACCUUAGAAUCAAAAUUCUUUGUAUAUGAUCUUCGGACAUUCCACGAAGAAAAGGGCUUUGCUAAACAGGUUAAUAAAGGUCACAAGUCAACUGUGUGGUGUGGGAGACACUUACCUCAGAAUCGUGAAAUAUUUGUCACAACUGGAGGUAAUGGCUCAGUCAUGUUGUGGAAGUAUUCAUAUCCUGAUUCAAGGUCCAAGAAAUUGGAUGAUGGGUCAGAAAUUGGUGUUGUUGGAGAAUCCAAACCAUUACAGAAUGCCACCCUUACUGAUCAGCCCAUUACAAGCUUUGACUGGAGUCCAGAUAAAAUGGGAUUAAGUGUAUGUUCAGGACUUGAUCAGGCUAUUAGAAUUGUAAUUGUUACCAAGCUGAACACAGUGUGAAGAUAAAUUAUUGGUAUGUAUUAUUAUCAAUAAUAUAAAUGUGAAUACAGUAUCUGUGCAGUUCCAAUAUUUGUUGCACUUUCUCAAAUCCUGUGUAUAUUUUUCUCCUCUUUCUUCAGUCACUUCAGGAGGAAAUAUAUACAGUAUCAGAUAUAGAUUUCAUGAUCAAAAACUUCACAUUAGUACUUCCCAGCCAUUGUGUCAUAGUAGCUUGCAUCAUGUCCUGCUUUAUGUGGACUCCUUGUGAGCUUGAAGUGUGUCUUGAUUAUGACUUCUAAGUGGAAUCUGAAGUCUCAUUGCAUUAUGUCUUUUAGGAUUAUCAAAUCAUUAUCAAUUGAUUUCAGGGACACAGAUUUUUGACGAUUAUUUGUAGCCAUCAACCUCCAAACAAGAACCACAUCCAGAACCACAAAUAAAAUGGUGCCUGUAAAAAUCUUUCCUGACUGCAGCACUGAGCUUGAAUCUCCUGGGAUAAGAAUUCAGGGUAUCCAAAUACUAUAUAUUUUUUUUAAAUUCUUUAUGAAGUAAUAGAAAAAUGUAUCCAGUGUCAAGAUAUCUGUGAAGAAGUAAUACUUUUAGGGAUCCUUACUCCCAGAGUUUUAAACACCCUUUUCCGUUGAAGAGGGCCGUCGUGUUUUAACCCGAGUUUAAAAAAAAAUUAGUCCUGAAGGACACCGUAGUAUAGUACAGUCUGUCCCCCACUUACGACAUUCGACUUACGACAGCCCGGACAUAUGACGGCCACGGUCGUAUAAAAUAUUUUUCACAUUACGUAUUUUCGAGUCCCGACGAUAGUGAUCGCGCUGUGCACUGACAAAAUUUUCGUUCGUAAAUCCCUUUAAAAUGGCUGGCAAGCGUAAAAGUGAGAG